GAGAAAUGUUUACCUUUGAUUUUUUGAGUGAAGGAAGUGUAACCACGUUUGAGUCAUUUAAACUAAAAUGACAUGCUUUAAUGUUUCCAUAUUUCACAAUAACAGUUUUAAAUUUACCAUGAAGAUUGAGCGAUGUUAUCUCUAAUAAAAUAAAAAGUGAGAAUUUUUGAAACGAAAAAUAGGACUUGCAAUGAAGUAUGUAAUCCUGCUUUGUAUGUUUUUGAAUGGGUUUGUACAGGACGAUUUUGUCAGUGGUUGCUGGGGUUGCUGUGAAUGCGGAGAGCUGGACCAAAGUGACCCAUAUUUGUUUGUUGGUGAAUACUUAAAUAUAACUUGUACAUUAUCAUCACAAACUGUUGAAAAUGGAGACAACUCAUCAAAACUGUGGUUUUCAUAUGGAAGUGAUAUAGAUGUUCCAGAUACAGAAACAACUAUCCUAAAUAGUACUUCACUAAAGUUAAGUACAUUGAUUACAACAACAUUUGACAGUCCUUAUUUGUGUAACCUGAGGAAUCCUAAUUUUACCAAGAAUGUUUGGGACAAUGUUGCCAUAGUGGGUACCACCACAGUACGAACUGAAUACCGUCCAGAACCUGUUAAAAACUUCAGUUGUAUUAUUUAUGACUGGGAUGAGAAAAUGGAAUGUAGCUGGGACUUGGGUGUGAAUUAUAGGAACUUGCAUUUUAUCAACACAACAUUGAUUAUAUCAGAUGGAAUUGAGGAAAAUGGUAAUUCUGGAAGCUGUCCUAAUAUGAAUUUACUGAAUUGUUCAUUGUAUCAAGGAGGAGGGAUUUCGUUUGAUAGAUCUACUUUGUACUUAAAUGUAAAUGUGAAAAACACCUUGCGUGAUGUAUCGGUGGACACAGGUUGGAUAACUGUUAAACAAGCUAAAUCUGUGAAACCAAGUCCAGUUGAUAUGAUUGAGAUUUCAUCUAUUACAAGUAAAUGUGUCUCAUUAAAGUGGGUACACAAGAGAGUACACAGGUCAAAGAUAUUCAUCAUCCAUAUUACUUCAAAGUGGAACGAUGAUAAGGUAAAAGAGUCAAGAGAAUUUAACACAACAGUUUGUGAUCUAAAGCCAAACACAGAAUAUCAAAUAUCAAUAGUGACACGACCAGGAGAGGAUAUUGGAUAUCCUAGUGAACCUGUGAUCAACAUCACCACAACAGAGACAGACCUCCCUGACCGACCACCAGAAGUUUUUCCUGGAAGUUAUGUUGUAUCGGUUGAGGGCUGUAGGAAUAACAAUCGUAAUGUGACUUUGUAUUGGAAGGAUUUGCCAGAAACAUACCAGAAUGGUCAGAUGUCAGGAUACAAUGUCAAGGUAUUUUCAGGUGAUGGGAUAUCGCCUAAUUACCCUGUCCACAGACGAACAUAUACAUCCUUGUCUCUACCUUGUAGAAAAGGAGUGAAUAUAUCAGUGUUCUCAUGGAAUGAAGUAGGGUACUCAGUUGAAGCAUCAGAGAUAACUAUACCUGAAGCUAAUAGCCUUUUACCUCCAAGUAGGACUAUAGUGGAGGCCCAGAAUACUUCUACGGAUACAACUGUAAGCGUAAGUUGGACUCCAACAGAGGAUGAGAGAAUUAAAUUCCACACUGUAUACUACUGUCAGUUUGAUACAGAAUGUACAACUGAUAUUGAAUGGAUAAGGGUACCAGGUAAUUCUACCUCACUCACAAUUGAACACAUACAGUUUGAUAAGAAAUACAGAUUUGGUGUAUCAUCUGACAUGGAUGUAGGAAGUUCAGGAUUUAACUGGGAAGAUUGUUAUUACUUAAAAAGUAUAGCUCCAUCUCCCCCAACUCAAGUUGAUGUUCUUGCAUAUCCUGAAAACGCAAUAACAGUUGAUUGGUCAGAUCCAAAGUGUGGGGAUUCCCCAUACAUUGAGUUUUACAGAGUCACUUGGUGUACUGCAAGCGAUACCAAGGAUUGUUCAGAUUUUAAUAAAGAAAGGGAUAUUUCAACAACUGAACCAUCUAAGUUGGUUUUACCAAAUCUAAAGGCUGGAACUUCUUAUGGUGUCAGAAUUCAGCAUAUUACAGGCGAUGGAAGAAUUAGUGAUUACAGUGAUAUGGUGUAUAUACAGCCUACAAAUAAUAAUUUAGCACCUUCAGAAAUUACAGCGAUAGCAGUUGGAGGAACCUUUUUAUUUAUGUUUGCAAUUGCCGGAGCAGUUUUCAUUUAUAGGCGAACAGCUUAUGGUAUCAGGGAAAUGAAACGGCCAUUAGAGAUUAUCACUCCAAAGAUAAAACUACAAGGAGGAAAUACGACUGACCCAGCAUUGAAUACUUCAUCAUCAAGCUCAUCAGGGGACCAGAGCUCAAUCUCUAGAUUGUUGAAAGAUAACAAGGUUAUACCAUAUUUUUCACAAGUAAGUAAAGACAGUGGUAGAUUCAGUUUAACAUCUGAUGCUUUGCAGUCUCCUGAAGUAGAUGGCAAACCAGAUCUAUUUCCUGUAGCGGAAGAGAGUAGAGGAGAAAACAAGAAGCACAAAUCCAGCGACAAUCAUAAGAAAAGUAUUCCAUUAGACCCAGAUUAUUCUAAAAUGGCGUUAGACAGUGAUAUACCACAUGAUCAUGCAUUUAGACAGGAAGCCUUCCAACAAAACAUCAUUGCUGCACCUGCCAUCCGUGCGUCCUAUCCAAAUGUUAAUCAAAAUUUUAACAGUUUUGACAGACAAUCCCAGUCUUCACAGAAGAUAUCCAAUAAUACGCUCUCAUCAUACAGAUCUAGUUCAGAUGAGAAGAUGUUAUUCGAUGGAAAAACAGAUGAAGAUGGAUAUAUGGAUGUGAAUGAGAGAAGUAAAUCUGUUGAAGAUGUAUAUCCAAAAGAUAUAACGAUUGAAGAUGAAAAUGUAGACAGUUAUUUAAGGACUCAGCAUGUUGACAUAGAUUCCAAUGUUACAGAAAAUAGUAUGCUUGAUUCUGCAUCUUCAAGAACACCAUUUUCAAAUGAUGAUGAACACGAAGUUCAAAGGUCAGGAAGUGAUGGACAACCAAUCAUGAAUCCGACAUAUAUUUCAACUGACGUCAUUGGAGUCCCUGAAGUAGAGUUUUGUGGUUUAACUGAAAGUUAUCAUCCUAUGGAUUCUAAAGAGAAUGGCAAAGCAAAUGAUGUAUUAUCACCCUUGAUUGAGGCUAAGGACGAGGACUCUAACAUAAGUAUGAUUAGCAAUGGUUACCUUUCUGAAGAUGCCAUGAAUAAUCAAGGAAUGUUAUUACCCAGAAGACAGCAGCCCUCUACUUAUAAUUCAGGUAGCUCAAAAGGGGAAUACCAUCGUCUUGAUUCCAUGGAAAACCCAAAGCUACUGGAUGAGCCACUGAUGAGAUAUGAUGGUGCAAGUCAAUACAAUGAUGCCUAUUUGGAAGAUGAUUUUAGAGCGCAGGGAAUUAUGAAACAUGACUUUGAACCAGGUCAAGAAGAGUUGAAUAGUAAUGGCUACCUUAAGGAGGAAGAGAUGAUGAAAUCAGAUGCUAUAAAUUCCAACAGGGGACCCAGCCAAGAUGAAUUAAACAGUGCUAGUUACCUAAGAGACAUAGAUAUGAGGAAUCAGAACAGGAAACCAGUCAAGCAAGAUCCUACAGGAGUAUUAGCAGAAAAUUUGAAUGAGUUGAUGGGUAAAGAUUACAGUUCUGGAGGAUACAUCACAGAAGGAGACUUUAGUAAUGGAAAUGUAAUUGAUGAAGACAAUUCAUCAUCCUUUGUGUCCGGUUCAAAUUACACAGGUAGAAUUGAGAACUCAAGUGGUCCAGCAUACAUCACUGAACAAAAUUUACUAAAUGUUAGGUUUGGUGGUAAUGAUCACAUUAGUGCCAGUUCUGAUUUAGAAAAUAAUCACUCUGGACAUAUAUUAACACCGUCAGAUGAUUCUUUUAGUGAGUCAAAUAGUUUACUUCAUGAAGAAAGAAAAUUAGACAAUGGAUAUAUUCAACAUAAUGCCAUGAAAACAUAACAGUAUGAAUUUUAUAUUUUUGUAAAGAAAGAUAAAUUAGUUACAACCUAUAUUUGCACUUAUAGGGUACACAAAGAUUAGGUUUCAGAUAAUAGUUAUAUUCAGGGGUUAACUUUUAUCAGUUUCUUGUUAAAAUCCUGUUAAAGUGUAUUUGAUAUUACAUCUUCAUUAAUACAUAUUAGAAUAGAGAAAUCCUUUCAAAUGUACAUACCUAAAUUUGUACAUAUUACGUUAACGAGGUCAGAGGACAGGUUUUCGAUUUAUAUUUAGCGGUUAUGUUUAGCAUCCAAUCAAGUCCUGUAAAAGUGUAUUUGAUCUUUUUACCUGAUAAUAACAACACUAUACAUUUGUUUGGUUAGAUCCAUUUUAGAUUCACUAUAUAUAGCUAGAAAGUACCUAACACUAGCCUCUUGACAAUAUUUGUUGAUUUUUUUACACUUUAUAAAGUGUAUAAUUUAAAUCCCUCCUUAUGUGAUUUUCAGUAUUAAUUGUUUAUUAUUAUUGUUAAUAUAUACCAAUGCAUCAACUUUUAUUCGGAAAUCAGAACAUCUUUUAUGAAUAUAAAUCUAAGAUGUUAGAUGAAUCAAAUUAUUCCUUUGGAUGUCUAAAAGGACUCAGAAUAAUCUUUUCUAAGAAAGACAUUUGCAAAUUUUUAAAUGUGAAAGAUUUCUCUUUGUUCAAGUUACUUAGGAGACAAGAAAGUGCCAUACAUGAAUAACUUGAAGUACUCUAAUAUAGAUGAUAUGUAAUGUCAUAUCUAUAGAAGUCCAUAAAAUGAAAGCUGUAAAUACAAAUUUGUGUUCAAAUAUGUACAAGUAUACCUUUUUUUUUCUUUGCCAUUUGAAAAUAUAUUGUAAAUAUUAUUGCUUAGUUGAAAUCCAUGUAUUAAAUCAAUGGCAAUAUUGAAGAAGAUUGAAUGUACACUCAUAUUUUAAAUGUGUUGCUGGGCUUUGUUUACUUGAGGUCAUAAGUCAGUAACAUUCUAUACAUGAAGUGUAACAUUUUUCUGAAUUUGGUAAAUCUUUAACUUUAUUCACAUAUAGGUUCUACAUCUGCAUCAAGUGUGAUACAUUAUUUCUCCACUACAGGCACUUAAAUAUUCAAAUUUAAAAUGUGAGGAUUGUCAAGCUUUUACAAUAUUUAAAAUUUAACUCUAAAGAGUGGAGAAAUAUCAUUUUGCCCAAGAUUCUGUGACGGAAUCUGUUUCUCUAAUGAUUUUUGGACCAUAGGUUGACAAACUUGUUCACUGAUCUGCAAAAAUAUGUGUUCUCUCCAUGUGAUGUCAUCAGACAUGGUCGCCCUUUUUUCUUGACAUCACAAUAGGAAAUUCUGAAGAAAGCCAAAAAAAUUUGACAUCAUAAAUGAAUUUUGACCAAUGAAUGACUGAGAUCAAAGGAUCCACAGAAUUAGAGAAAAGAUUAUAUAUCAUAUAUCUAAGAGUAUUGAAGAUUUACAAAUCAUGAAUUGGUAGAUUUAUAGUUCUGAAUAUCUUUUUUUUAAAGUGCUAUAGAAGUAUUAGUUUAUUUAAUCUGAGCUUAAAAAAAUCAAACAAAGUGACAGAUAUUUAUGUUUAUCUGAAUGUUGAAGUAGAUCCUCGUAUGGAGUCAUUAUUGCUUUACCUGAGCUUGUGCAAUGGGGCAAAUGAACAUAAUCUAUAUAAUAUCAUAAAGUGCCUUUCAUAAUGAUGUAUAAAUUAUAUAGAAAUAUAUAUAUAAACAAGUCUAAAUUGAAAACAACGUUCAAACCUAUGAUUGCGUUAGAUAAAAACCGCAAUUUUUAUACGUGUGCAUGCAAAACAAAUUUCUUAUUAGAGGGGUCUAAAUUCAGCACAAACAACAUUUUCCAAAAGACCAAAAAAGUGAAAAAGUAUAUUUUUAACAAAACGCAUUUGACUAAAAAGUCGAACAACAAAUGUUCUUAAACCCUGCUGACUGCCAUUGGCGAUUGCCAAAUAAACGGAUCACCGAUGUAAUAAAUGGAUCUUAAUUAUAAAUUUAAUAUUAAACAGAAAACAAUAAACUUGCGGAAAAGAUUGUAUAUCGCAAAAUAUAUAUAUAUUGGCUUUGGUUUUUUUUUUAAUUGUAUAUUUUGUUAUUAAGAAAUAGGUAGGAUUGAUCUGAAGAUACACCUUUCCACUCUCCUAUCAAUUAUCAGUUACUAAAAGCAUCAAAUAUAUAGAAAGUGUGAAAAUAAAUGCUUGCAGCAUGUAAUCUUGGUCAAAUAUGAAUUUGUAUAUAGAUGUAUGGUAUACUUCCAUUGCUUGUAUAUUAUUCAGUUUUUCAAUGAAAUAUAAAAUCAGCCACUUUCUUAAAAAUUGUGCAUAUAAAAUCCCAAUGCUGUACAAAUUUUCUACCAAGUGGUUAUUAAGAUUCGUAUUUUUGUGAGCAAAUUAUAUUAAUGAAAAAUAUACAGUUGCAGGAUGGUGUUGAAGACGGCAAAUUUUUCUUAGUUGGUAGUUGAAUGUUUGUAUUUGACAUAACAUUAAAUACUUCUUGUAUUUACAUUGCUGUAUAAUUUGCUUUCAUGAAUUGAUCAGUCAUAAUUUUUUAUAUAAUUACAUCAUUAUGUAAACAUUGUUUUGAAAACAGUUGUUAAAUCUUUAUUAUCUGAAUGUAAAUAUUAAAAUAAGUCAUCAAAUUCAGUCCCAUUUGUUAUUGAUAUUCUAAGAAAAUAUAUAAGUUUGUUGUAUAUACUAUAUACAUUUUAUAUUUUUUUUUCUUAUUGUUAUUGACAUAAAGCUUUAAGUGCUAUUUUGACCAUAUUAAAAAUGGCUUCUUGAUUGUCUAUGAUAUUUCUCAAAUUAUAAUUCUAUAGUGCUAUACUCUGUGGAACAAUAGCUAGAAAAUAGCUGUCUGGCUUUGAAAAUUGAAAACUCAGUUUAUACUGUUCAUAGAACAUGAAUUAAUCUGUUUGGCAUCAUGCCAUUUACCAUUGUCAAAGUGAGGACAAUCAAAUACUAUUGUGAUAAAAUAAAAGUGCAAUAGUCAUUUUGCACAAAAUCCUAUUUCCAUGAAAACAAUCCAUACUUGGUCUAUCAAUGUUGUCAUGCAUGUAGACUAUAUAAUAGUUGAGAUCUUUCUGUUGUAUGUAUUUUGGCCAUUUAGACAAAUAAACAAUAUAGUCUAAAAAAAUAACCUUAGACUAAAUUCAGUCAACCUUCAGUAACUUGAAGACCAUGUAUCUUUAAACCUGUUAUGAAUUCAUUUUAAAUUACAUUUGGACUAAAAUAGCAUAAUAGAAAGAAAUAAAAACACAAUUUAGGAGCAUGUCAGUAAUUGGGAGUUGAAAUCUAAGACUUGGAUUUGGAGGGUGGGUGAGGGUAUGCUCCUCCUCCUUUAUGGAGCUACAUAUAUGGUUAAUGUAUAGACUUUUACAUAUCCCACUCCUAAUGUUGCAUUUUUUUCCUCUUUAUGAAAAAUGGUAUCCAUUAUUGUUUUUAUUUGAAAAAAAAAUCUUGAAAAAGUUGAUGAAAUGAAAUAAAAAAACAAACAACCUGAAAAAUGCUGUACCCUAAAAAAAUUUUCUUUUCUUAUUACACAGAGCCAUCACAUUUUUCUGCUGCUGAUAAUCCCAGUAGAUCCUCAAGCUUCUAUGAGUGCAUGUGAUGUUAUCAAGAAGCUUUCACAUUUAGAAUUAAUUUUAUUUAAAUUAAGAUAUAAAUGAAAUUUAUAAAUGUGCUCAACAGGUCAACUGAGAAUCAAAUAAAUCGUUAUUUAAAAGAUUCUCAUUCAUAUACUUUUUCCUGAUGGGUGUCUCAUUUUAAUAUUUUUGUUUAUAUUGUGUUUUAAUUAAAUUUUACAUGAGCUAGUGCUGUUUUGGUGCUAAAUCAUUCAAUUAAAUCUGUUUAUGGUCAUCCUAAAAGCCAGUUAAGCUAUUUUAAUGAUGUAUGAAGGGACAGGGUGGUCUCAGUACUUUUUAACAUUGUAUAUAAACUCAUCAUAUAAAUGAUCUGAUUUUUUUUAUUGAAUAUUUAUCAGUAAUUAUACAAGUAGUGCUAUUAGAUAUUGUCUCUCUUCAUAGACUCCACUGUUUACUAUUCUGUAACCUAGUCUUUUUUUCCACAAAUGAUAUGUUAUGUGUGUGCUAUAAUACUCUUGCUUUCAGUUUUUUUUAGAUAGGCAUUAUAAAGAUAUACAUUUUCCUUUACAAUUAGUAAUUUUAUGCUUUAUAUACAUAGCUUUACAGUAUUAAAGUGAUUUGAAAUAAUGUCUAAUGUAUAUAACCAUUACUUGGUGCAGUUCUGUUGUUUGUAGUCAAUACUUCAAUAUGUUCUUUUAGUUAUUCUUUUCAAAGAAUGUUACUAUAAUAAUGUCAAACAUAUGCAUAUUAAAACAAUUCAGCCUCUUUUUUCCCCCAAAAUAUCCUAUUUAUUUUUCCCAUGUCUGUUUGGGCAGUAUGGUUAAAGCAAAUAUUUUGUAUUUUAUGAAAUUUGAGGACUUUUUUAUUUAGUUUGUUUAAAAAUAAAUUAUGCUUGAUGCAACAUAAAUUGGUUCUUUGACUUUAUUACCUUUGUUGUCCAUCUGACCUUCAACAUUGAGGUAUUACAAUCAUUUAACUCAGCCACUUCAAAUCAAUUUAUAACAAGCAAUUGAAAAUUUGGUUUAUAUAUUUUUCUGUGCUGUUGUGUUCUCAACUGUUUAAAAAAAGGAGACAUGAAUAUCCUAAAUAUUUAUGGUUUUGCAAUAUGUACAAAACUGAGUUACAAAACAGAAUGGACAAUUAGUUCAUUUGAAAGUAUAUAUAUAUUUUUCAAAUUCUAUAAUCUUUUCCUCAUUUAUGAAUAAAAUGUUUUCUAGAUAGUUAGAGCAUGAUGCUGCAUUAGGCAGAGUAUAUUAUUGUAUUAAUACUGCAUAGCUAAAGUCAUCUUUUCUUUUAAUGUCAUCAUCUAUGUUAAGUAGUAUUUAAUCAGGUUUAAGAUUGAUUUGUUUUAAAUUUGAUUAUAAUUGUUGAGUUAAAAUCCAAUUUAAACAUAUAGAAUGAUGCAAAUAACUUGUUCUGACUAUUGAAGCUUUCAGUGUUAAAAACUUAUCUGUAAAAUCAAAUUUCUCAGCAUUUGUUUCAUAGUUUGUCAUGCUAGGGCCUUUUAAAAUUUACAGUGUGAUAUGGGCUUUGUUCAUUGUUGAAGGCCGUACAGUGACUUAUAGUUGUUUACAUCCUCAUCUUUUGGUCACCGGUGGAUAGUUGUUUCUUAGGCCAUCAUAACACAUCUUCUUUUUUAUGUAAUUAGAAACACCUUGUAUGUUAUGUAUUUUGAAUCAUAAUUCUUCAAAUUAGAAAGAAUGUCUACCAUAAAUUAUAACCUACAUAAUUAAGGAAGAACUUAAGUGAUAAUUACUCUACUGUUAUCUUGCAUGUCUUCCAUGUCAUUCAAUCAAAAUAAAAAAAUUUCUGAAAAUCAAAUCCAAAUGUUACAAGAUAAUUGAUUUAUUUAUCACCCUUCCCUUUGCUCAGUUGCUUGGUAAUUCUUGUAUCACAGCUUUGAGACAUGAGCUAGCAUUAUCAGAUAUGUCACAAUGUCUGAGGAGAAGUUAUAGAUUUAUAAAUCAGGAUGUUUUUAAAAAUGAUAAACUUUCCUUAACUUUUUUUUAAUGACAUGUUUAGAAGUAUAUUAUAUUCAAAGAUAGUUUUCUUUGAACGAAAAACUACAAAGAAUUUCGACAUUUGUGAAUAAAAAAUUAGACAGAAAAAUGUAGUUAUGAUAAUGUGAUAUCUGAAGUUUCUAUUAUCCAAAGAUAAAUAACAAGGGAUGUAAAGUAGACUAGCUUGGUCCCAAAAUCAACAAAAAUAUAAAAUCAUUAUGAAAAACCUUUAUGGUAUACAAUCACUAAUUUGGGCCCAGUUUAAGAAGAAUAUAUAAGAAAGUAGUACAUAUUUCACACAAAAUAGUUCCUAUGCAUAGCUGAUGCUAAAAUUGUUUUGUUGAUCCAAGAAAUUGGGAGCUGAUUUUUAAUAGAAAUACCAAGAAACAAUGCACAAUUAGACUUUUCGUUUUGAAUUUUCCUUGGAGCUCGGUAUUUUUGUUAUUUUACUUUUUAGUAGUUUUUCAUAUAUUUGUGAUAAUUGAGAUAAUUUUGACAUCAUUUUUGAUGUUAUCACACCAUCAAUGUUGCCUUAAUUGCUAUCUGUUUUACUGCAUUUACUAGAAAACAACACAAGUAAUGUUCAAUUUGCACUGCCAAUGAAUGUUCCGAAUGAUCCUUUAUCUUUUUUUAAUUUUAUAUGAAAAAAAGUUCUAUGAGCUCUUUCAGAUCUAAGGUCUCAUACUCAGUACAUUCUGGGAAAAUUAUAUGUUUGGAUUUAAUUAAAAACAGAAUGAAAGAUUGAUAAAGAAAUAUUCUAUGUAAUAAUCUAGCAGCCUUGCACAUUAAUAACAGCCAUAUUAAAUUUUAUUAUAGAUUAUCAAUGAUUCUUCAAAACAGGGAGUUUCUUUGCAACAGUCUAAUGGACGAUGUAAAGCCAAAUGUUCAUUUUUAUACGACCGCAAAAAAAUUUUUGGGAUCGUAUAAUGGUAUGAUGUCGUCGUCGUCCGAAGACACAUUGGUUUCCGAACAAUAACUUUAGUGUAAGUGAAUGGAUCUCUAUGAAAUUUUUCAGGAAGGUUUAAUACCACAAAAGGAAGGUUGGGAUUGAUUUUAAGGAUGAUGGUCCAAACUGUUUAGGAAUUAGGGGCCCAAAAGGGGCCCAAAACAAGCAUUUUUCUAGUUUCAGGAUAAUAACUUGUGUAUAAGUAUUUCGAUUGCUCUGAAAUUGUACCACAAUGUUUAAUACCACAAGUAAAAGGUUGGGAUUGAUUUUAGGGGUUAUGGGGCCAACAGUUUAGGAAUUAGGGGCCAAAAGGGGCCAAAAGAAGCAUUUUUCUAGUUUCCAGACAAUAACUUGUGUGUAGGUGUAUGGAUCUCUCUGACAUUGUACCACAAGGUUCCAUAUCACAAAGGGAAGGCUGGGAUUGAGUUUGGGGUUAAUUGCCCAAAACAUUAAGGGCCAAAAAAGGGCCAAAAACAAGCAUUUUUCUAGUUUCCAGACAAUAACUUGUGUUUAAGUGUAUGGAUCUCUCUGAAAUUGUACUACAAGGUUCCAUACUACAAAGGAAAGGCUGGGAUUGAGUUUUGGGGUUAUUGCUCCAAGGGGGUUUCAAAAACCUAUGCGGUCGUAUCAGGCUGCGCUCAGCGAAGCAUUUUAUUCUAAGUAAGGCAUUAUAUAAAGCUUAACUUUAAAGGUAUUUUGAAUUGUGACAUAGUGUUUAGAUAAACAACUAAAAUACCUUGUAAGGGUUGUGAGAAAUUCCAAAUCUCCUUUUUUCCUAUGCAACUUUGAGGACAUUUACUAUGCAUUCAUCCUUUUGUUCAUGAAAAACCAAAGAUAUGCUGAUCUAUGAUAACUAUAAACGUUUUUUUCUCACUAAAUUGAUAUAUAGUUAUAGUGGCUCGAUUUUUUAUUUUUGUUAUUAUUCAGUUGAAAGAUGCCUGAUUUAGAUCAUUGAUAAGUUUCUGCACUUAUUUUACAGAUGUCAUGAAAUGAUUUAAUUCCAUGGUAUGAUUUAAUUAAAUAUUAUUUUUUGGAA